UCAGCGCUUUCUGCCUGGCAGUGUGCAGCUGCGGAGGUGCGACCAUGGCUGAGCCGGAGUCUCUGAGGUGCUCCAGCGUCAGGAACCGUGGAGGCGUCCAGAGAGUCGAAGGCAAACUUCGAGCCAGCGUAGAGAAGGGAGACUACUAUGAAGCGCACCAAAUGUACAGAACUUUAUUUUUUAGGUAUAUGUCACAGGGAAAACACGCAGAAGCCAGGGAGCUGAUGUUCAAUGGGGCUCUUCUCUUCUUCAGCUAUAACCAGCAAAACAGCGCAGCGGAUCUCUCCAUGCUGGUGUUGGAGGUUUUGGAGAAGUCCGACACAAAGGUAGAAGAUGAAAUCUUAGAAAACCUGGCCAAGCUGUUCAGCCUGAUGGACCCAAACUCUCCAGAGAGGGUUGCAUUUGUUUCCAGAGCCUUGAAGUGGUCCACGGGAGGAUCCGGCAAGCUGGGUCACCCAAAACUCCACCAGCUGCUCGCUGUCAUCUUAUGGAAAGAGCAGAACUACAGCGAGUCCCGGUAUCAUUUCCUGCAUUCAUCCGACGGGGAGGGCUGCGCUCAGAUGCUGGUGGAGUAUUCCUCGUCGCGAGGCUACCGCAGCGAGGUCGACAUGUUUGUGGCGCAGGCCGUCCUUCAGUUCCUCUGCCUAAAGAACAAAAGCAGCGCUUCCGUGGUGUUCAGCACAUACACAGAGAAACACCCGUCCAUAGAGAGGGGCCCUCCCUUCGUCCAGCCUCUACUAAACUUUAUCUGGUUUCUGCUGCUGGCAGUGGAAGGGGGUAAAUUAACCGUUUUCACAGUGUUAUGUGAGCAAUAUCAACCUUCCCUGAAGAGGGAUCCCAUGUAUAACGAGUAUCUUGACAGAAUAGGACAGCUUUUCUUUGGAGUGCCGCCCAAACAGUCUCCAUCGUACGGUGGUCUGCUGGGAAACCUGCUGAACAGCCUGAUGGGUUCCGGCGAGGAGGACGACGGCGCCGAAGAAGCCCACGAGGACAGCAGCCCCAUAGAACUGGACUGAGCCCACAGAACACAACGAGGAGAACAAACACACAAAAGGAAGAAAAAAAAAGAAAAGAAGAGAGCUGACCAUGCCGCCUCCCUGCUGCCCCUUAACCAACAGGGUCAGGGCGAGGCGCUGGUCCGUGCUCUCAGAGGCGGGCUCUUUGAUAAAGGUCCCAUCAAUCGUCCAUUCCACCAAAACAUCCCCCGUCAGCUCUCUCUGGACCGCGUGAGCCGAGCUGCAAGCUCUCCUCCCGUUGAGCCGUUCAGCCAAUAUAUUUGAUCUUUAACCAUCUCUUUGUUUUUGUUUUUGGUAGUUUGGGACACUUGCUUGCUGUUUCAGUGUGUACGAUCAUCAGAUGAGCUGUCCUCUCCCUGGACCAUCCCGCCCCACGGAGGCGGGGGGGGGCGGCUUCACAGGGGCCGCACCCGGCUCCACAUAAGGGUCUAAUGAGCUCACUACAGGUUUUAAAGUGUUACGUGGGUCAGCGUCAGAGCGCUCCAUCCGCGCCGAGCUGUAGCUGCUGAGGACUUUUGUUUUUUCUUUUCCAACAGCUAUUCCGUUCUCUCUUCUGUCAGAUGUAAAUUAAAACGUACUUAUAGCCACGGCUGUGUGUCAGCGUUUGGUCUCUAGCUUCACGGAUCUAGAAUCCGCCCGAGGCCGUGCCGCGCCCUCGAGUAUAUCUACCGGAUUCAUCGUCAUUCACAUUCUAACUAAAGCCCUUUUUUGUUACAUGGCAACAGGCUUGAUGGCAUUUCAGCCUCUGGCCGUCUUCAAAAUGUUCACAGACUUUCCUGGAACUCCACCUCCAACGGUGUUUGAUUGGAUGCAGGCGGAUUAUGAGUUCAGGGUUCAAAUAAAACACUAAAAACGUUG